CGCGUACUUUUGUCCCCGCGGUUAUCCCCAUCAUCAACACCAACCACCCCUUUUCUAUAUAUAUCCCGCCCCUUCCCUCCACCCUUUCCAAUCCAAUUCUACCACAUCCUUCCCCUUUUUCUAAUCUUAAUCUUCCAUAAAUUGCCCAAUAUUCGAUCCGGGUCUCUGGUUUCUUGGCUUGAUUUGGAGAUUCUGUUUCUGAUUUCUUGUUGUGUUUCGAGAAUUGAGAAGAUGGCUUGUUUGGUUUCUCGUACUGGGAGGGAAUUGCAGAGAUAUAAUCAUAUGGGGUUUCGCCAAGUUGUGGGUUGUAUACCUUAUAGAUUCAARURUGGCGAGGACGGGAUGAAGAUUGAUGAUGAAUAUGAGGUGCUUGUGAUAAGUUCUCAGAAGGGUCAGGGCCUGAUGUUUCCCAAGGGUGGUUGGGAGCUUGAUGAAUCCUUGGAACAAGCUGCUUCUAGAGAGUCACUUGAAGAAGCUGGGGUUCUUGGCAAAGUUGAGACUCAACUUGGAAACUGGAGAUUCAUCAGCAAAAGCCAAGGCACAUACUAUGAAGGCUAUAUGUUCCCAUUAUUGGUUGAGGAGCAACUUGACCUCUGGCCAGAGAAACAUGUUAGGCAGAGAAUAUGGAUGACUGUAGCCGAAGCUAGAGAAGUAUGCAGACACUGGUGGAUGAAGGAAGCUUUAGAUAUCUUAGUUAAAAGACUAACAUCCAUGGGAGAGCAAAAGGAUAAUGAUGAUCUUCUAGAAACUGAUCUGUAAGAGAAAGCUCAGUCUUGUUUUUUUCUCUUCCUUUUCCCUUGUAAAUAUGGAAAUGGAAAAUGAUGCUGGGGGCCAUGUGGAAAGUAAAGGGUUUGAUCUCUCCUUUUCUAUGAUCUGAUGCCAUCAAACUCAUAGAAAGAAGGAAGCCAUAUUGCUGACAUCCAAAAGCUUUGUCUGGCACAUGCUGCAGAAAAUAAAAUGAAAGAGAGAGAAGGAGAAGAGAGAGAGAGGGAGAGGGAGAGAAAGGGAAAGAAAAUGAAAAGAAAAGGAAGGGGAAGGGAAGGGAAAACUAUAGCAGAAGAUCAACUUGUACAUGAUUGGGGCUUUUUCCAUGACUAAUUGUGAAUUACAUCUGUUAUAGCCAAUGAUAUAGUUUUUUUUCUUUUUGUUAUGUGUCAUCAGUUUUGAAAGAAUACAAAUGGAUAUUUAGAUAGCAUCUUAAUCCACUUGCAACUGAUAGGGAAAAUUGGGUAAGGCUCUCAAUCAAGUAAUACUUCUUCACCACA